AUGGAGAAAAAUCGAACAAUGGUUACAGAAUUCAUCCUACUCGGAUUUUGUCUCGGUCCAAGGAUUCAGAUGCUUCUCUUUGGGCUCUUCUCCCUGUUCUAUGCCUUCACCCUGCUGGGGAAUGGGCUCAUCCUGGGGGUCAUCUUGCUGGACUCCAGACUGCACACCCCCAUGUACUUCUUCCUCUCCCACCUGGCUGUCGUCGACAUAGCCUAUGCCUGCAACACGGUGCCCCAGAUGCUGGUAAACCUCCUGAAGCCAGACCAGCCCAUUUCCUUUGCGGGCUGCCUGACACAGACCUUUCUCUUCUUGAGCUUUGCUCACAUUGAAUGUCUUCUCCUGGUGGUGAUGUCCUAUGAUCGUUAUGUGGCCAUCUGCCACCCGCUCUGAUAUUCUGUCAUCAUGAGCUGGAGAGUCUGCAUCAGCCUGGUGGUAACUUCCUGGGCAUGUGGCUUCCUCCUGGCUCUGGUCCAUGUGAGCCUCAUCCUGAGGCUGCCCUUCUGUGGGCCUCAUGAAAUCAACCACUUCUUCUGCGAGAUCCUGUCUGUCCUCAAGCUGGCCUGCGCUGACACCUGGCUCAACCAAGUUGUCAUCUUUGUGGCCUGUGUAUUUAUCUUACUGGGGCCCCUCUGCUUGCUGCUGGUGUCCUACUCACGCAUUCUGUUUGCCAUCCUGAGGAUCGAGUCUGGGGAGGGCCGCAGGAAGGCCUUCUCCACCUGCUCCUCCCACCUCUGCGUAGUGGGGCUCUACUUUGGCAGUGCCAUUGUCAUGUACAUGGCCCCCAAGUCCCGCCACCCUGAGGAGCAGCAGAAGAUCCUUUUUUUGUUUUAUAGUCUUUUCAACCCUAUGUUGAACCCAAUGAUCUACAGCCUGAGGAAUGCAGAAGUCAAGAGUGCUCUGAGAAGGGCAAUGUCCAAGGAAAGUCAUCCCCAAUUGGAGUGA